CGCGCACGGGCCGGCGGCGCGCGCCGAGCGGGGGGCGCCGCGCGGUGCAGCCACGAUGGAAGGGGGUGCGUACGGAGCGGGCAAAGCCGGGGGCGCCUUCGACCCCUACACCCUGGUGCGGCAGCCACACACCAUCCUGCGCGUAGUGUCUUGGGUCUUCUCCAUCGUGGUCUUUGGCUCCAUUGUGAAUGAGGGCUACCUCAACAACCCGGAGGAGGAGGAGGAGUUUUGCAUCUACAACCGCAACCCCAAUGCUUGCAGCUAUGGUGUGACUGUGGGCGUGUUGGCCUUCCUCACCUGCCUGCUCUACCUGGCGCUCGACGUGUACUUCCCUCAGAUCAGCAGUGUCAAGGACCGCAAAAAGGCUGUGCUGUCUGACAUCGGUGUCUCGGCCUUCUGGGCCUUCUUCUGGUUCGUGGGUUUCUGCUUCCUGGCCAACCAGUGGCAAGUCUCCAAGCCCAAGGACAACCCUCUGAACGAAGGGACGGAUGCAGCCCGCGCUGCCAUCGCCUUCUCCUUCUUCUCCAUUUUCACAUGGGCGGGCCAGGCUGUGCUAGCCUUCCAGCGGUACCAGAUUGGCGCCGACUCGGCCCUGUUCUCCCAGGACUACAUGGAUCCCAGCCAGGACUCCAGCAUGCCUUAUGCACCCUACGUGGAGCCCAGCGCUGGGUCGGACCCUGCUGGCAUGGGUGGCACCUACCAGCAUCCAGCCAACGCCUUUGAUGCUGAGCCCCAGGGCUACCAGUCACAGGGCUACUGAGCCCCCCUGAUGGUGGUGACAGUGACCGCCUACCCCGCCCCUGCCCUUCCAUCCUAGCUCCCCUCCCAAGCACCCUGCUCCCUCCCAGGUGACCCUGCCUAGCACAUGCUCAGCCUCCAAGUGACUCCACUGAGGUCCAGUGCAGCUGGGGUGGGGAGUGGUGGGGUGUAUCCACAUAUGUGUGCAAGUGUGUGCCCAGCAGGGGUCUAGAGGUGGGACCUGGGGUUACAGGCAUUCAUUCUGUCCUUGAGCAUUCACUGAGCACCUACUGUAUGCCAGGCCUUGCUCAGCUGGGGGGUGAGAGAUAGAGAGGGAGAAGGUGGGCUGAGGAGGCCCUGUUCCAGACACAGGAAAGAUGGGACAGACAGAUACUGGGAAGUUUGCCUGCAAGGGACUCAGCCACAUGGAGAGUGUGGUCAGUCACAGCAUGUGAGCCGUCAUGCCCAAGAUCCUUGAUAUACAACAGUCCUCCUGUGAUUGCCAGGGUUAUCUCCAUUUUAUGGUUGAGGAAACUGAGGUCUGAGGGGUCUAGGCACUUUAUUCAAGUUCAUUUAAGUGGCUGCUGAUGAGGCCACAUAGAGAUGGGCCAGAGAUAGAGCUCCUGCCAGCCUUCCCUACUUCCUGUUUGUUCACUUGGAUCUGCCACUCAGUGUUACUUGAAUUUGACGAAGGGGGUUGGGGGUGGGGGUAGGGCAGCCUUUCAAGAUGUGAGUCCAGUGAGACCCCGUGAUCUGCCUCCAACCCAGGGAGGGCCUCUUCUGCUUCACUUGCUUUCCUCAUGUAGAUCUCUCCUCAGUCUUGGUCUUCUCCUAGAGGGCUUCUUCAACCUACCCUGUCCCUUUUGUGUUGCUCAACAUGUCCCACGGGGAACUCCUUUGGGGGUGUGCCAGCAACUCCCUUUGCGGUUUCCCAAAGGAGUAGUGGCCAUCCCUGCCUCUUGGAGGGCUUACUGGGCCCUUUGCUCAUGGCUGGACUGGAUAGACAGGAGGCCAGGAGGUAGUGAAGACUGACCCAAGGUCCCAGUGAGUGAGCGGUAGAGAUGACCUCGCUGCCUGUUUAUUGGCUCCACCCACCCAGCAAGUGGCUCCACCUCCAGCAUCACCUGGGACUCAGGAGGCCCCCUCUCUGCUUGUUUGGGUCAGCAAACAGUCAGGGCUGGAGCAGUGGGAGGAGCUUUCAAUUACUGGGUCAGUUUGAGUGCCACAGCCACAGGUCACACUACCCCAAAUGAAGCAGGAGUGAGACUUCCAGCCACAGGAAAGAGAAUAGCAGGUUACCUCAAAGACAGAAGGGAAAAUGGGUGGAGCCUAAGGGGAGAGCAAGAAGGCAUUUUCAUACAAAAUGCUUCCCUCCCUGUGACAGGGAACGCAGAGGGAGGUUUCUGUGCCUCGCUCCUGUGUGUGCCCAGUAUACACGAGCUGGUUCCUGGGAAGCAGGUCAGUGGGCUGUGGGUCACCUUUAACAAUUGAGUUUCCCCCACCGCCUCACACCAUGCCCUACAGGACUCUGCCAGGCAGAUUUGCUCUUCUGGUACUCAUGUUGGUGUGGUGUCACAGAGUGGCUGUGGUCCCUGUCCUGUAGGAGCCUAUGAAGCACAUACAGACAUAGAGUCCAUUACAGUGGGAAACAUGGUGUGAGUGUAGGCCUGAGGAAGAGUCAAGGAGGGGACAAGAGUUUCAGAGGCCUAGAAGGAGCACCACAGCUCCUCCUGAGCAGACGGGGAAACCAGGAAGGGAAAUAGGCCCUUCCUAGUCCUCAGGCAGUUUCCAGAGCCAGGAGCACAGACAGUUAGCAUUGAAAAUUGGAUCCAGACUGAGGUCUCUAAGUUUGCUAGGGGUCACAGUGUUGGGAGAGAGCCCCAGGCGGCUGAGUGACAGCUGGCUGUUCCUGACUUCCACUUUCCACACCUGGGAAGGGGCUUUGUGUACAGCCCCAUGCCCCCACCAGGUGGCUCAAGGAGGGUCAACGUGGGGAUAGUGGACAGUGACUUAAGUGAUGCCAGACCAGAGGAGAGAUUAGCUACAGGAGUGUUGCUAUGCCACCACAAGUCAUGAAAAAUCCUCGUCUUUGCUACUCACAACCCAGAGCCUUCCCUGCCUGUGGUCACUAGAGACCCAAGGACUGCCGCCAUCUGUUUCUCCCUGGACAGCAACAGGCCACAGGUGAUGUCAGGCAGAGGGCAGGGUGCUGGUUAAACUCUGCCUAACCCUGGGCAUCUAUCAUAGACUCUUCUUAGUCCUCAGGCUGGAGAAGUUUACAGGACCGGGGGUGGGGCUUCAGCGUCUCCCCUUGUCCCAUGCAUGCCACCAUCAUAGUAGUGAUAUCAGACAGUGGGUGAGUGGCCUGAGCAGGAUUUGAGUAAGACCCAGGCUUCUGACUCAGUAGUGUGAGAGGGGUCACACCCCCACGGACAUAGCAUAGCCCUUGGAAGACUCAAGGCCAGCAGCACCCUGGAUUUCCUUCUCCUAUCUACGGCCUCUGCGUUCCUCCCACAUUCUCCUUGGAGGGGGUCCCCCACAGCCUAUGGAACUGGGGUUCCCUUCUCCCUGUCAAGCACAAAAGAAGGUCUGGGGAACUUGGGUUCCACACGAAUUUAUAGCUGCAGGGAUCCUUUGAGAGGAUUAUAUUUCAUCCAUGGUCAUGCAGAGUUGAGAAAUUGGGAGCCCCGUCUUCUGCCUUCUGAGAUGACAUAUCCUGUGCAGUCACAGGCCAUCUUGCCUGGGCAGCACCCACUCCGCCUGAGAUGUAGCAAUCAAGGGGCUAAUUUCCAGGGGACUGGCACCAGUCUCUGUUCAAUCUGUCCCUAAUGAUUCUUGAUUUUCAAAGACUUGGGGUUCCAGGCUUUCCCCAUGUAACCAAGAGUUCCCACUUGUCACCCCUGGGGCACCUCUAACGUUUGACCCUUUGAUCCCUAAAGAGUAUGAGCAGGAGUCCCCAGAGCUUAUGGAGGAUGAACUGGGCUAGCUGUCUCCCAGUGCUACCCCUGACCUGAUAACUUCACCCCCUGGUGCCCAUAGCUCUUGUCUGGGUGCCCUGGUCCCUCCCGCAGCGUUACUGCCUGUGUAUAGUAUAAAUAUAUAUAUUUUCUAUAUAUAAGAUGUAUAAUAUAAGGCUCCACAAUAUAUCUGUGAGUGUGUGUGCGUGUGCGUGUGUGCGGUGAAGGGCGGCCCCCAAGUUGGGCCCUGCUCUAGCCCCUCCCCUACCUAGUUAAGCCUCUCCAGUGGACCCAGUGGCCCUGAGGCAUCCUCCUCUAUGACAUCCAUCCAUCUGUGGUGACCAAGUGAAGGUGGUGACUUCUGGUGACAUAGUAAUAAAGUGAAGAGUCAGCUCACCA